AUGUUGAAACAGAAACAGAGGAGUCUUGUGUAUGUUACUGAUGCUCUCCUGAUUCUGGUACUUGUGGUGCUAAUGCUGUUGCAAUUUCAGAAUGUAAUGGUACUAGCCAGAGUGGAGAACCAUACAAGAUCAGACUUCCCAUCUGACUUUGUUUUUGGUGCUGGCACUUCCUCAUAUCAAGUAGAGGGGCCUGCUCUUGAAGAUGGAAGGACUCCUAGCAUUUGGGAUACCUUUGUCCAUGCCAAUAAGUGUCUUUCUAAUGGAGCCAAUGGAAACAUAGCAUGUGAUCAGUACCACAAAUACAAGUUUCACAAUGUAAUGGUAGUAGCUGGACUGGAGAACUAUACAAGAUCAGACUUCCCAGCUGACUUCGUUUUUGGCGCUGGCACUUCUGCAUAUCAAGUAGAGGGAGCAGCUUUUGAAGAUGGAAGGACUCCUAGCACUUGGGAUACUUUUGCUCAUGCCAAUAAAGGUUUUUCUAAUGGAGCCAUUGGAGACAUCGCAUGUGAUCAGUAUCACAACUAUAAGCAGCUGCCACCAUCACUGCUUAUCAGACUAAAUGUUCACCCCCUCAGGCUAUUCCUGAUUCCAUCCAGUAGUAACUCUAAACAUUCUGCUGUAGUACAUGAUUCUGCUCCAGUAGCCCGCUACUUGAAUGUAUAUGCUGGUUAA